AUGUCGAAACGGCGUUUCAAUCCAUCGGAGGAGGAGAAGAUUCCAAUAGUAGAGAAAUUGUAUAGGCAAAAUCAACCCUCGUUCAAUGCAGCUGGUGGUUUUAUGGACGAUGACGAUGAGUAUGAAGAACGACGCGAGAAAAUAAGCCAGUCGAGACAGCAGAGAGCGGAUGCAAAGUUUGCCAACCAAGAAUGCCCCGAUACCUGCAUUAAGUGCAAGCGACCGAUGUUCGACUCAUGGUUGUGGGAACGAUACAGCCAUCCCGUGUGUGACGGCUGCAGGGACGAUUUGGGUGAACAUAAAUUGAUUCCUCGAACUGAGGCGAAAUCAUUUUACUUGCUAAAGGACUGUGAUCUGGAUCUACGGAAACCAGUACUACGCUACUGGGCAAAAAAGAAUCCUCAUAAUCCACGUUAUGGUGACAUGAAGCUGUAUCUGAAAUGUCAGGUAGUUGAGCGGAUGCUUGAAAUUUACGGUAGUUGGGAGGAAUUCGAAGCGGAGAAGAAAUUGCGCGCUACACAAAAAGAAACUAGAGCCGAGAAAAACUUUGAGAAGAAGGUCAAGGAAAUGAGGCAGCAUGUAAGUUACGCUGUUCGAUAUUGUAUUUUGGCAAGUGUUUUGGAAAUUAGCUUUGGAUGA